AUGGAACAUCCCGAGGAGCAGUACUACAAACUAAACCGAUUUUUGUUGAGGUUUAGUGGCUUAUGGCCUUAUCAAAGCGCGAGGGACGCUUUUAUAAUGAGGACUAUUAUUACGAUUUUGAUACUAUCGUCCUUGUUUGUUCAGAUAACGAGCGCUUUUAAAUCAGAGAUUACGAUAGAUUAUUUGUUCGACAUGAUACCAUGGUUCGUACCUACAUUAGGUACAUUGACUCAUUUGUACGCGCGCAUCAUACACAUAAACAAACUUAAAGAACUUUUCGACUGUAUAUGGAAUGAUUGGGCGUUGCAAAAGACAGAGGACGAGAUGAAAAUCAUGCAUAAACAUGCUGGGACUUCGAGAUCACUGAUGAUUUAUUUUUCGCGUAAGGGAAACACUAGAUUUCGCUUUACCUACAGGAGAAAAAAGCCUCCUCUAUCCGUAAGAUUAAGACUGCAUUAUUGCAUAUGA